AUGGGGGAUGGACAAAACCUCAAGCUGAUUCCAAAUUCUUGGUUUGACCAGCAGGCUCAAAAAUUAACUGUUCACCACACAGUAGCUUUCAUAGAAGAGGUGUUAGUGCCUAUUCUAAGCAAUAAGGAAAACCAUACGUCCUGGCCAGGUUGCAUGUCCCAAGAUAUGGAGCAUCAUCCUGUGGAAAUCAUGAAAAAUAAAACACAAAUUAUGAAAGGACUGAUGUCAGGAACAACUCAUCUUCCCCCUCCUACAGUUGCAGCAAAGAUUGACUUGCAUCAAAUAUAUGCUGAAAAUAAAUUAGUAGCAGUCUCAAAGGACGGCAUCAAAAAGGAGCAUGGCACUGAUCACUGGGAUGUGUGUCUAUUACCUGUAGGAACAGCAAUAAUAUCAGCUAUGUCGCAGAGAACUCACAGGUUGAUGGCUUUUUUCAUAUUUUACAGACAAGAUCCCAAUUCCGGGGUAGUACUACAUGCCAUUGAAUCAAAGGUUAUUAGGUGGUCACAUCAGCUGCAUGACAUUCUGAAUAGGGAUUCUGCUGAACCUCUUCUGCAUGGCUUUCAUUCAGACCCCCAAACUGAGCUGAACUUCUGGAAAGCAAGAAAAGACAAUCUUUUAUAUAUAAAUAAGCAACUUCAGAGUCCUGUCCAAAAAAUUAUUAAGAUCUUAAAAGCCAAAGAAAGCAGCUAUUACCCUGCUUCUCAGGACAUUUUCAAGGAAGUAGAAGAUGGUAGGGGUAGAGAGAAUGAGAUGUAUAUUUUGUCUGCGUUUAUAUGUGUGUGUCACAGAAUAAUCUCUAAUUUAACAGAGACCAAACCAAACUGCUUGUAUGAGUCUGAAUCCUUCCCAUGUGAUCCCAUGCCAGCAGCAGCUCAGCGCACACCUGCUGUGCCUUCUGAAGGGCAAAACAGCACAAACUUCUACAGUCUAUGGAAAGAAAUGGAAUUCCCAAAAAUCUGUAAUUUAAUCCCACCUUUAUUUCACACCAUCUACCUGAUACGGAGCCACUCCAAGUCCUACAGCAUGCCUGUGCGAAUAGUAGUUCUGCUGGAGGAGUUUUGCAAUCUGCUUACUGACCAGUCUAGGUUGUAUCUUUCACCAGAAAAUCUUUUCAAAGGAGAAACUGAAGAAGCUUUGGAGGAUGUGAAAAUAGUUAAAACUACCUUAAAAAGCUUUAAGGAUUCAUUCUUUAGUCACAGAAACAGAUUGGAGAGCUCCUUCAUUUGUGGCAAGGAAUUUAAACCAUGGGAUUUCAGAUCUGAGGAAAUUUUCAUUAACAUGUUGGAAUUUCAAAAGCUGGAAAAGCUGGAGUUUAGUGGAAUCAAGGGGAAAAUUUUAAGCGAGUAGGUCUGCAGAAUAGAUGAAGAGUUUCUGGAAAGCUGUGAAGUUUUCAGAAAGAGAACAUGCGAUCCUUCAGAUUACAGUACUGUGACCCUGGAUCUUGACAGAUGUCUUGCCUCGGUUCUUUGUGUAGGAUUUCAUGACUGUUCAGGUUUAGAAUCCAUGUUCAAGCUUUCUAAAAAAAAAAAACCUGUCAUCAUGGAGGUAUUUAGCCCAAAUUACAACAUUUUAUAGGAAAUGUUCGAUGAAGAACUGGAUAACUGCAGAUGUAUACAUGAUGAACACAUUAAAAAGGUAUGCCACAAUGUGAAAAUAAAAGAUUGUGAAACCUUAUUAGGAAACCUUAAAUGGUCUAAAGAACUGAAGGAAGGAAUACAGACAUUUUGGUCCCACUUCUUGAGUUUGCCUCAGCUCAAAUAUGCUUUUAGGUGGCAGCACAACGGAUGGAAAGCUCCUAAAUAUGUGGAGAUGUCGAAAUUCCUUGACCAAUAUGAAGAUCAGACCUAUUGUGAAUGGAAAGUUCAGGAGGAUGAAAUUUGUCAGUUUAAUUUAGACCAACUUCUAAUUAAGUGUAAUCCCAAAAAUGGCCUCCUGAGUGUUAAUUUUGAUCCUAAGCUAGUGGCUUUAUUGAGAGAGGUGAAAUAUCUCUUAAUGUUGAACCAACCCAGCAUUCCAGAUUCUGCUUUAGCUAUGUGUGAGAAAAGGAACAGUUUUGCAAAGUGUAUCGGAAGCCCUGAACUUCUUGUUCAGCUGUACAAGAGUCAUGCAGAGGUAGAAUAUCCUCUGAUGGAAAAAGAGCUGAGAACUAUUGAUGACCAGCUGAAAGAAGUGGAAGAAAUACGCACAGGGCAGGCGACAACCUGCUGGGACUGCAUCAAACAAGUGAAAAUGUCAGUGUGUGAUUUGGGGCAGAGUUUUCAGCAAUCAAAGGACAACGUUGGAUCAAUCCAGAGAACUACGAAGGCUUGGAUGGAACAUGCCCUCUUUUUCAGGAAGAGUAAAAAAGAAGCUCUGUUAUACCUGGAUGACAAAGGAGAAAGACUUGCUAAAAUAUACAAAAUGCUGCAAGAAGAUAGCUACCAGAUCCAUCAUCUUGUUGAGGGAAAUUUAAAGCCCUUUAAAACAGAUUCCUCCUCAGCCUCUUGGAAGAUUUAUAUACAGUGCAUUGAUGACAUUGUGGUUGAUGGUUUAUAUAACACCAUAAUGCAUUCCUUAGACUUCUUUUUGGAGAACACAGAAGAAAGUUUGAAGCCAGCUCCACUUUUUCAAGCACAAAUGAUCCUUAAUGGCCCAGAGAUUAACUUUAAACCUUCUCUAGAUAAAGAGGCUGGUGAUGGCUUUUAUGACCUAAUAGAUGAGCUCCUGGGUGAUGUUUUCCAGAUGUCUGCCCAGGUGAAAAGGGUAGCAGCACACCUGGGAACAGAACACUGCCAGAAUGAUAUGGACAACAUGUUUGAUCUGUCUGAAAUCAGGCAGGAGAUUAUGGAGAGACUGGCAAAUGUUACGAGCAAAGUGCUGGAGUACAGAAUAUCUCUUGCUAGCUAUGUGUCUCUCUGGCUGGAGGACCGGUCUGAGUUUAUGAAGCAAUUCCUUCUCUGUGGUCAUGGUUUAGCAUCCACAAAGAUGCCUCUUACUGAUGAAGUCUUUCAACAGCCUCCCACUAUUAAACUGUUUAAAGAGCAGAUUGACAUCUAUGAAAAUCUUUAUGUUCAGAUAAGCAACAUUGAAGACUCAAAAAUUUUUGAAACUUGGUUUAAAGUGGAUACAAAGCCUUUCAAAAUGAGCUUGCUAAACAUUGUUAAGAAAUGAAGCUGGAUGUUUAAGGAGUAUCUCCUGAGAUUUGUCAUUAUUAGUCUAACUGACUCUGAAGAAUUUAUAAAAGUGGCAGAUGCUGGACUCCAAAGAGAGGUAACCAAGGGAAAUUAUUGUGUGCUGGCAGAAAUGAUGGGCCAUCUCUUGGCUGUGAAGGAGAGGCAGACAACUCCUGAUGAACUCUUUGAACCUUUAAAAGAGAUGGUUGCACUGUUAGAAAGCUAUGGACAGAAGAUGUCAAGUGAAGUUUAUGUCCAGUUAGAGCUGUAUUUCAUCAGGGGAAGCAGAUGGAAUUCAGAGAAAGAUUUAAAAUGGAAGCUCCCUUUCAGUUUGGUGCAGAAAAUGCAUAUGCUCAUCUCUAAGGCAAAUCAGGAGCUUGAGGUGCUGGAAAAAGAAAUGUUACUAAUGCAGGAAUCUGCACGACUAUUUGAAGUAGCUAUUCCAGACUGCAAGCAAAUGAAACAAUGUUGAAAAGAAGUGCAGUUGAUCAAGAUAGUUUGGGAUAUUAGUGUUUAUAUUAAUAGCAGCACUGAUGAUUGGACUAACACCCAGUGGACACAGAUUAAUGUGGAACAGAUGGAUGUGCAGCUCAGAAGGUUUGCCAAGGAAAGGUGGUCUUUGGAUAAAGAAGUUUGGUCCUGGGAUGUAUAUAGUAGCUUGGAGUUAAAGGUGAAGAAUCUGAUGCCGUCACUGAGAGCAAUACUGGAGUUGCAAAAUCCUGCAAUCAGAGACAGACACUGCUACCAGGUCACGAAUGUGACAGGAGUCAGGCUUUUAGUAGCGGAAAAUACUACCUUGACAGACCUUCUGGGACUCCAGCUUCAUAAAGCAGAAGAUGAAGUCCAAAGUAUGGUUGACAAUGCUGUGAAGGAGUUGGGUACUGAAAAGAUUUUGGCAGAAAUCAGCCAAACGUGGGCUCCCAUGGAAUUUUCUUAUGAAGAGCAUCACAGGAACAGAGCUCCUUUAUUAAAGUCAGAUGAACAGCUGCUUGAAACUUUAGAUAACAAUCAAGUUCAGCUGCAAAUGAUUCUGAAAAGGAAAUAUGUGGCAUAUUUCACUGAACAAGUGAAAGGUUAGCAAAAUAAAUUAAACAUGGCAGAUUCUGUCAUUUCCAUUUGGAUGGAAGUUCAACCCACGUGGUCUCACCUAGAAAUUAUUUUCACUGGCUCUGAAGAUAUCGGAAGCCAGCUUCCAGAAGAUGCAAACAGAUUUGAUGAAAUCAACAGAGACUUGAAAGUUAGUAGAGUUAGUGGUUCAUGUCCAUUUAUAACUUUUUUCAGACUUUCUCUUUGUGAAAAAGCUCUGGCUUUAUAUUUAGAAACCAAGCACGUAGUUUUUCCAUGCUUCUAUUUUGUUUCUUCAGCAGACUUGCUAGAAGUUCGUUCAAAAGGAACACAGCCAAAACAGGUGGCCCAUUAUCUUACCAAACUUUUGGACAAUAUUGCUGAUCUUACAUUUCAAGAGAAUAUAGAGGAAACUGUAAAUACUGCCCUUGGGAUGUUCAGCAGAGAAAAGGAGUAUGUUCCGUUCUAUGAAGGGUGUGGAUGCAGUGGUCAGGUAGAGUCUUGGUGGCAACACUGUGAGGAAACACUACACAAAACAGUGCAUCUCUACAUCACAGAGGCAAUACUGGCCUAUGAAGAGAAGCAGAGAGAACAGUGGGGUUUUGACUAUGCAGCCCAGGUUGCACUUACUGGUUCACAAAUCUGGUGGGUUUCAGAUGUUGAAAUGACAUUCACUAGGCUGGAAGAGGGCUUGGCAUCAGCCCUGAAGGAUUGCCACAAGAAGGAAGUCACUCAGCUAAAUGCUCUUAUUACCAUGCUGCUUGAAGAAGCUUUUUCGGGUGAUCGGCAGAAAAUCAUGAUGACCAUUUGCACCAUAGAUGUUCAUGCUAGAGAUGUUGUAGCAAGCCUCGUAGCUCAGAAAGUCACCAGUUCCCGAGCUUUUGCUUGGCUGUCACAGCUACACCAUAGAUGAGAUGACACCCAGAAACACGGUUUUGCCAACAUUUGUGAUGCUCAGUUUCAGUACUUUUAUGAGUACUUGGGAAAUACCCCUCGGCUAGUUAUUACACCUUUGACUGACAGGUGUUACAUUACUCUAAUCCAGUCUCUCCACCUAACAAGGAGCAGUGUUCCUGCAGGACCAGCCAGCACAGGUAAAACAGAGACCACCAAAGAUCUAGGCUGUGCCCUUGCUAUGAUGGUGUAUGUCUUCAUCUGAGCAAUGUGUUCUGAGCAGAUGGAUUACAAGUCUAUAGGGGCUAUCUAUAAUGAUUUGGUCCAGACAGGACCUUGGGGAUGCUUUGAUGAAUUCAAUCGCAUCUUGGUAGAAGUUCUGUCAGUGGUGGCAGUACAAAUAAAGACUAUUCAUAUUGCAAUUAGGAACAAGAAAAACAACUCAGUAUUUUUAUUCCUUGGUGAAAACGUUACCCUGAAGUCAUCGGUUGGAACACUUAUUACCAUAAACCCAGGAUAUGCAGGUCGGACAGAACUACCUGAAAACUUCAAAGCUCUGUUCAGACCCUGUGCCAUAGUUGUCCCUGACAUUGAACUGAUCUCAAAAAUUACGUUGGUUGCUGAAGGGUUUAUUUAUGCAUGUCUGUUAGCCAGGAAGUUUAUUACCUUGUAUACUCUCUGCAGGGAGCUGCUUUCUAAACAGGACCAUUAUGACUGGGGACUUUGUGCUAUCAAGUCAGUUUUGGUAGUUGCUGGCUCACUGAAACGAGGAGAUAGUAACAGAUCUGACAAUCAGGUGCUUAUGUGAGCCUUAAGAGACUUCAAUUUGCCAAAAAUAGUGACAGAUGAUAUCCCAAUUUUCACAGGUCUGAUCAGUGACCCGUUUCCAGCUCUGGAUGUUCUGAGGAAGAGGAACCUGCAAUUUGAACAGAUGGUUAAACAAUCUACCCUGGAGCUUCACUUGCAGCCUGAAGAGAGCUUUAUUCUCAAAGUUGUUCAGCUGGAGGAGCUACCAGCACUGCGUCACUCUGUGUUUGCUGUUGGAAAUGCAGGGACUGGAAAGAGUAAGGUGCUGGAAGUUCUGCAUCACACAUAUGUGAACAUGAAACAAAAGCCUGUUUGGAAUGACUUUAACUCAAAAGUUCUGACAGCUGAUGAACUGCUUGGUUUUAUACACCAUGCAAUCCGAGAGUGAAAAUGGCAAGUAGCACACGUGUCCUUACUAGGACCUGAACCUGGAGGCAUUGCUCUCCAUCAGAAAUGGACAAUGCCAGAAUUCAGAGAAGGUCUCCUGUCAUUUCUUCUGAGAGAGCAAUGUGGUAUUACCCAUGAGAGGCCAAAAUGGUUAGUUUUACAUGGGGAUAUAGAUCCUAUGUGGAUUGAGUCACUCAAUAAUGUUAUGGAUGAUAACAAGGUUCCGACCCUUACAAGCAAUGGACAUGUGCCUAUGACUCCAUCAAUGUGGCUACUAUUUGAGGUACCCCAGUUAAGAGCUGUUACCCCAGCUACAGUGUCCAGAGCUGGUAUUCUCUGUCUGAACACCCAGGACCUGGGGUGGAAUCUGUAUGUUGCCAGCUGGAUAGAAACAAGGAGAUACCAAUCCAAAAAGGCCAACUUGACUGUUCUUUUUGACAAAUAUGUGCCUCCUUACUUAGAACAACUCAGAACAAGAUUUAAAACUGUUAUUCCUGAGAAUAGUGUGGUUCAGAAACUCUGUUCUCUGCUGGAUUGCUUGCUGACCCCUGAAAAUGUGCCAAUGGAUUGCCCCAGAAAGCUCUACGAGAUGUAUUUUGUCUUUGUUUGUAUUUGGGCGUUUGGUGGGGCACUCUUUCAAGAUCAGCUUUCAAAUUACCAAGCUGAAUUCAGCUGCUGGUGGCUUAAGAAGAUGAAAGCAGUAAAGUUUCCAUCCCAGGGCACAGUGUUCAAUUAUUACCUUGAUGCAGAGACAAGGAAGUUCCUGCUCUGGGUGGAUAAGGUCCUGACUCCUGAUGUGGAUCCAGAUGCACCUCUGCAAGCAAUCUUUGUUCACACAUCUGAGACUGCACAUCUCAAAUAUUUUAUUGAUUUACUCUUAACAAAAGGCAAACUAGUCAUGCUUGUUGGAAAUGCCAGAGUAAGUAAAGUGUUUGUAGGUGAUAGGCUUACUGCUGUCUCUGAAGACUACCUCCUGGAUAACAUCCCUCUCAACUACUACACAGUAUCAGCAGUGCUUCAGAAGAUGCUUGAAAAAAAGCUGGAGAAAAAAGCUGGUCAUAAGUAUGGUCCAGCAGGAAAUAAGAAACUUACCUAUUUUAUUGAUGAUUUGAAUAUGCCUGAAGUAGAUAGAUAUGGAACGGUUCAACCUCAUGUACUGAUUCAGCAGCAUAUAGGUCACAGACACUGGCAUGAUAGGCAGAAGCUAACUAUUAAAAAAAUUCAUAAUUGUCAGUAUAUUGCCUGUAUGAAUCUAUUUGCUGGCAGCUUCACUCUCAACCCUAGACUCCAGGUAUGACAUUUUGCAGUAUUUGAAUUGAACUUUCCUUCUUCAGAUUCCCUGUCUACCAUCUAUACCAAUAUAGUUUGCUCCCACUUCCAGCAACAUGCUUUUACUCCAUCAGUAAUCAAGAAUAUUCCAGCCAUAGUACAAGCAGCCAUAUGGCUUCACCAGGUGGUGGUUCAAAACCUCGCACCAACCACUAUUAAGUUCCACUAUUAAGUUCCGUAUAUCUUUAACGUGGGAGACUUCUCCAACGUCUUUCAGGGCAUUCUGUUUGCUACACCCAAGUGUUUACAGCAACCAAAUGAUCUUCAAUAUCUCUGGCUUCAUGAAUCAGCACAUGGCUAUGGAGAUAAACUGGUGGAAAACAAAGACUGUAUUUUCUUUUAUAAAAUUAUGAUAGACACUAUGCACAAGUAUUUUGAGCCCCCAGUGCAAGCAUCUUCCUUACUGAGGAAAACCAGGUGCCAGAGGACAAUACACCCAUCUGGUCUUCACAGAGGAAACACUGCAAAUAUAAACUGGGAUACAAGUAUGUUCCUUUGCCUUGAUGUUCUCAAACGUGGAAGACCAGUGUUGCUGCAAUCUCCACUCAUCUAUUGCCAUUUUGCAAAUGGUAGAGCAGACCCUUGCUACAAGCCUGUGAAAGGGCAGGAACCACUGAGGAAUCUACUUGAGGAGUUCCUAGAAAGCUACAAUGAAGUGCGUGCUUCUAUGAACCUAGUCUUAUUUGAGGGUGCCACGCAGCAUGUGUGCCAGAUCAGUCGUAUCCUAGAAGCCCCUAGGAGUUGUGCGCUUCUGACUGGAGUAGGUGGUAGUGGUAAACAAAGCUUGUCAAGGCUGGCAGCAUACUUCUGCUCCCUGGAGGUUUUCCAAAUAGCACUGACGAAAGACUAUGGGAUCCAGGACCUGAGGGUAGAUCUUGGCAGUUUGUACAUCAAGACUGGUGCCAAGAACAUGCCCACAGUGUUUUUCCUGACAGAUGCCCAGGUUCCAGAUGAACGCUUUCUUGUGCUGAUUAAUGACUUGUUGGCAUCAGGAGAGGUUCCAGAUCUGUUCAGUGAUGAAGACGUGGAGGGCAUAGUUACAGAAGUUAGAGAAGAAGUCCAAGCCCUGGGCCUGAUGGACACCAGGGAGAGCUGCUGGAGGCUCUUCUUGAGUAGAGUGCAGCUGCAGUUAAAAAUUGUUCAGUGUUCCUCUCCUGCUGGUACGCUGCGAGCGCGAGCUCAGAAGUUCCCAGCCAUCGUUAACUGCGCGGCUAUUGACUCGUUUCAUGAGUGGCCGUGGGAGGCCCUGCGCUCCAUCAGCAGGAGGUUCAUUGAAGAAGCCGAGGGGGUUGAGCCACUCAUCCAGGACUCCAUUUGUGACUUCAUGGCUUAUGCCCACACCAGUGUGAAUAUGCUGAGUGCCAAAUACAAUCGUAAGGACAGGCGAUACAAUUACACUAUUGCGAAGACUUUUCUGGAGAAAAUCAUGUUUUAUAAGAUCCUCCUAGAGAAGAAAAACAAGGUGUUGGGACACAUGGAGCGCUUGGUGAAUGGCAUGCAGAAGCUGAAGGCAGCAGCUUUCCAGGUAGAAGAUCUAAAAUACAAGCUUGCUUCUCGAGAGGCAGAACUGCAACUGAGAAAUCAAGAUGCUGAAGCUUUGAUUGCUAAGAUAGGGUUUCAGACUGAGAAAGUGAUCCAAGAAAAGGCCAUUCCAGAUACAGAGGAGCAAAAGGUUAAUCUUACAGAAAUGAAAGCCUUCACCGAUGCACCAAUGGCUGUAAUCAAUGUUAUCACUGCAGUGAUGGUUUUACUGGCAUAUAAAGGGAAAGUGCUCAAAGACCAAAGCUGCAAAGCCGCAAAAGUCUUUAUGGGAAAGGUUGAUGACUUCUUACAAGCUUUAAUCAACUAUGAUAAGGAGCAUAUUCCUCAGAAUUGUCUGAAAGUCAUCGAGGAACAUUACUUGAAGGAUCCAGAUUUCAACCCAAAUUAUGUUCAUACAAAAUCCUUUGCAGCAGCUGGUCUCUGUGCCUGGGUCAUGAAUAUAGUAAAAUUCAAUGAGGUGUAUUGUGAGGUAGAACCAAAAUGUGUGUUGGCCCAGGCAAAUGCUGAAUUAACAGCAGCUACAGAAAAACUAGAAGCCAUCAGGAAAAAGCUUCUUGUUCUGGACAGCAAUCUGCAUAAGCUCACAGCUUCACUCAAGAAAGCGGUCACAGAGAAAGUCUGAUGUCGAGAUGAUGUGACAAACAAAACUAUUGAGCUGGCCAACAGGUUGGUCAAGGGACUUGAGUCUGAAAACAUGCAUUGGAGCCAGUCUGUCAAAGACCUCAAAGUACAAAAGAAAACUUUAUGCUGUGACAUCUUAUUAACAGCAGCAUUUGUGUCUUACUUUGGACCCUUCACAAAACAGUACUGCCAGGAACUGAUGGAACGUUUCUGGAUUCCUUUUCUAAAGUCACAAAAGGUUCCUGUUCCUGUGACGGACAGCCUGGACCUGAUUGCCACGUUGACGGAUGAUGCUACAAUUGCGGCAUGGAGUAACGAGGGACUGCCCAGUGAUAGGAUGUCAACAGAAAAUGCCACUAUUCUAACAAACUGCAAGCGCUGGCCUCUGAUGAUAGAUCCCCAGCAACAGGGAAUUAAAUGGAUAAAGAAUAAAUAUGGAGCUGACCUUAAAGUCGUACAUCUAGGACAGAAAGGUUUUCUAAAGACCAUUGAAAGAGCUUUGGCUUGUGGAGAGUCUGUACUAAUCGAAAACAUGGGUGAAUCUAUUGAUCCCAUACUUGAUCCUCUGCUUGGAAGACAUACAGUUAAAAAGUGAAAAUAUAUCAAGAUUGAAGACAAAGAAUGUGAAUUCAACAAGAAUUUCUGUCUCACCCUUCACACUGAACUGGCUGACCCUCACUACAAGCCAGAACUGCAGGCUCAGACCACCCUCAUUAAUUUCACUGUCACCAGGGAUGGUCUGGAAGACCAGCUGUUGGCUGAGUUUGUUAGUGCUGAAAGGCUGGACUUAGAAGGAAGUAAGUCAGUCCUGGCCAAGCAGCAGAACCAUUUCAAGAUUGAGCUCAGGCAGCUGGAGGAUGACAUGCUGCUCAGACUGUCAGCUGCCCAGGGCAGUUUCUUAGAUGCCAGUGAACUUGUAGAGAAACUCAAAUCAACAAGGUCAACUGCAGCAGAAAUACAGCACAAGGUAGCUGAAACCAAAGAAAAUGAAGCUCAGAUUAAAGUGACAAGAGGGCAUUAUAGACCGACAGCCAUAAGAACAUCCAUUCUUUACUUCAUUAAUAACAGUCUGGACAGCAUCAACCCCAUUUACCAGUUUUCACUGAAGGCCUUCAAUGCAGUCUUCCACAAAGCAGCAAUAAAGCAGGCUGAAAAAUCAGGGGACAUUCAGUGUCAUAUCUCUAACCUGACAGCAGCUGUCACGUAUUCAACCUUUAUUUUCACAAGCCAAGGACUUUUUGAAAAGGAUAAGCUCAUUUUCUUGGCCCAAAUAGCUUUUCAGAUUCUUCUAAGAAGUAAAGAGAUAGAACUCCUUGAAUUGGAUUUCCUUCUUCAAUUCAGAGUUGAACACACUUACAGGAGUCCUGUUGACUUCUUAACUACUCAGUCAUAGAGUGUCAUUAGGGCUAUGGAAGUGUUCCGGGGGUGAGAUAAAGAUGUUGAAAGAUCCACCGAGAGGCAGAAGAAGUGGGUGAACUCAGAAUGUCCAGAAAAUGAAAAGCUCCCCCAGGAAUGGACAAACAAAAGCUCUCUUCAGAAACUAAUCAUACUGAGGGCGAUCCGUCCAGACAGAAUGACGUACGCUCUUGGCAACUUCGUGGAGGAAAAGCUUGGCUCAAGAUAUAAGGAAAGCAGAAGGAUGGACUUAGCAAAAUCCUAUGAAGGGAGCAGUCCAGCCACUCCUGUGUUUUUCAUUCUGUCUCCAGGAGCAGACCCACUUGAAGAUAUUGAGACACUAGGCAAAAAGCUUGGUUUCGCUGUAGACUCUGGAAGAUUUUGUAGCAUCUCUCUAGGACAAGGGCAGGAGAUGAUUGCAGAGGAGGCACUUGAGAAGGCUACCAGACAUGGCCAUUGGGUUCUUUUCCAAAGUCUUCAUCUAGUAGCCAAGUGGCUAGGAACCUUGGAAAAACUCCUUGAGCAAUACAGUGAAGAAAGUCAUCCUGAUUUCCAUGUCUUUAUUAGUGCUGAACCAGCUCACCCAGAAAAGCAUAUCAUUCCUCCAGGAAUACUAGAAAACUCAAUUAAAAUUACCAGUGAACCUCCUAUAGGGAUGCUGGCUGAUUUACAUGCCGCUUUCUACAGGAUAGAAGCUUGUGUUGUAUUUUUCAUGGAUACCCUUGAACUGCGUACCAGAGAUGUGGAAUUUAAAAGCAUCCUUUUUUCUUUGUGCUAUUUUCACACUUGCAUUGCUGGGAGACUGAAGUUUGGCCCUCAGGGCUGGAAUGGAAGGUACCCGUUCAGUGCUAGAGAUCUCGCCAUCUGCGUCACUGUCCUCGGCAACAAUUUAGAGACCCCUACAAAGGUUCCAUGGGAAGACUUGCAUUACCUCUUUGGUGAGAUCACGUACGGUGGCCACAUCACUGAUGCCUGGGACCGCAGUCUCUGCUGUAUAUAUCUGCAAGAAUUCAUCAGCCCACCUGUGGUAAGAACUUUCAUAUGCCUAAAGCUCUUGAACGUGUUCAACCUAAGAGAAACUCAUCUUUCAGAAGUGGAGCCCUGUGGAGAAGACCACAAGCUUUCUUGUCUAUGCGGCCCCACCUGUAGCAGGGUCUUGUCUGGCUGUGGUGGAAUAAAUUCUCCAACUUGUAAUGAGUACAAUAAUUCAUCAUGGGCACCAGGUUUCUUGGCCCCACCAAAUUUGGAUUAUGCUGGAUACCAUAAAUACAUAGAUGAAACGCUUCCAUCUGAAAGCCCUGUACUAUAUGGACUGUACCCCAAUGCUGAGAUGGGAUACUUGACAACAACGUCAGAUAAUCUCUUCAAAACUCUUUUGGAAACGCAACCCAUGAAUUCAUUCGUAGAAGAGGGAUCAGGCCAGUCUGCAGAGGAAAAGACGAAGAAUGUCCUGGAUGAUAUUCUGGAGAUGCUUCCCGAGGAGUUUAACGUGGCAGAAAUCAUGCAGAACACUACUGCCUGGAGCCCCUGUGCCCUUGUUUGCCCUCAAGAGUGUGAAAGCAUGAACCUCCUCCUUUCAGAGAUCCAUAGGUCUCUUAAAUAGCUGAACCUCGGUCUGAAGGGGGAGUUGACGUUCUCUCCUCACGUGCAAGUGCUGCAGUCCGCACUCUUCUAUGAUGCUGUGCCAGACACAUGGACUAGACUAGCCUAUCUAUUCACAUACAGCUUUGCCCACUGGGUUACUGAUCUUCUCAUGUGGUAUGGAGAACCUGACAUCUGGACAGGGGACCUUGUGCUGCCAGCAGUGGUGUGGCUUUCUGGCUUGUUCAAUCCUCGGUCCUUUCCGACACCUGUAAUGCAGAGCAUGGCAUGCAAGAACAACUGGUCUUUGGAUAAGGUGUGCUUGACUGCAGAUGUUACCAAAAUGACCAAAGAUUAUGGCCACCCACCACGGAAAGGAGCCUGUAUCUGUGGACUUUUCAUGGAGGGUGCCAGGUGGGACAUCCAGCUGGGGACCAUAGAUGAAGCCUGGCUCAAGGAAUUGCCUCCAGCAAUGCCAGGGCUAUUCCAUGAAUGUCCAGUUUAUAAAGUCAAAAGCAGAGGGCAAGCUUUCAACUUGAAAAGCAAGAAGGCAGCUAAAUGGGUUCUGGUAGGAGUAGCUUUACUUGCGGCAGUUUAGUACUAAGCUUUCAAUAGUAUGUGCUGCUUUCUCAGUCUGCCCCAUAGUUAAAGCAAAAGGAGAUAAAUAUUUUUCACAGUCAGCUGGAGUAGGAGAUUUGCCUCAC